ACCUUUCAAAAGGCUUUCCUGGAUUAGAGAAAGAAAGGGAGUGAGGGAGGAGAGAUGAGUGGCUAUUCCAGAGCGACAUAAAGAAUUUCCAGCCUUGGACGGACAGCUGGGAACGUCUUCCAAGUUGGACUGGUGUUUACAAGCGGGAAGCGAGGCGGACCUUGGAUUUUGGCGGGUGAAGAGGUUAGGUUGUUUAAGGAGGUGGGGCGCGUGUGGGGCGCGUUUCAGUGGCUCUCUUUGAAAAAGCCCAGCAAGAUGUCAGACCUGCUCUCAGUCUUCCUCCACCUCCUCCUUCUCUUCAAGUUGGUUGCCCCAGUGACCUUCCGCCACCACCGCUAUGAUGAUCUUGUGCGGACGCUGUACAAGGUGCAAAACGAAUGCCCCGGCAUCACGCGGGUCUACAGCAUUGGGCGCAGCGUGGAGGGGAGACACCUCUACGUGCUGGAGUUCAGCGACCACCCUGGAAUCCAUGAGCCCUUGGAACCAGAGGUCAAGUAUGUGGGGAACAUGCACGGCAAUGAAGCGCUGGGCCGUGAGCUGAUGCUGCAGCUGUCGGAGUUUCUGUGCGAGGAGUUCCGGAACAGGAACCAGCGCAUCGUCCAGCUCAUCCAGGACACGCGCAUUCACAUCCUGCCAUCCAUGAACCCUGACGGCUAUGAGGUGGCUGCUGCCCAGGGCUCAAACAAGCCUGGGUAUCUAGUUGGCAGGAACAAUGCAAAUGGAGUGGACCUGAACCGCGACUUCCCUGAUCUCAAUACCUAUAUCUACUACAACGAGAAGUACGGAGGCCCCAACCACCACCUGCCCCUUCCAGACAACUGGAAAAGUCAGGUGGAACCCGAGACCCGGGCAGUGAUCCGGUGGAUGCACUCCUUCAACUUUGUUCUUUCAGCCAAUCUCCACGGAGGGGCGGUGGUGGCCAAUUACCCGUAUGACAAGUCCUUUGAGCACCGGGUCCGAGGGGUCCGCCGCACCGCCAACACCCCUACGCCUGACGACAAGCUUUUCCAGAAGCUGGCCAAGGUCUACUCCUAUGCACAUGGAUGGAUGUUCCAAGGUUGGAACUGCGGAGAUUACUUCCCAGAUGGCAUCACCAAUGGGGCUUCCUGGUAUUCUCUCAGCAAGGGAAUGCAAGACUUUAAUUAUCUCCAUACCAACUGCUUUGAGAUCACGCUGGAACUGAGUUGCGACAAGUUUCCACCCCAAGAGGAGUUACAGCGGGAGUGGCUGGGUAAUCGGGAAGCCCUAAUCCAGUUCCUGGAACAGGUUCACCAGGGCAUCAAGGGAAUGGUGCUUGAUGAGAAUUACAAUAAUCUCGCCAAUGCUGUCAUUUCUGUCAGUGGGAUUAACCAUGAUGUCACUUCAGGUGACCAUGGUGAUUACUUCCGGCUGCUGCUUCCGGGUAUCUACACUGUUAGUGCCACAGCACCUGGGUUUGACCCAGAGACGGUGACUGUGACCGUGGGUCCUGCGGAACCAACAUUGGUUAACUUCCACCUCAAAAGAAGUAUCCCUCAAGUAAGCCCUGUGAGGAGAGCUCCCAGCAGAAGGCACGGAGUCAGAGCCAAAGUGCAGCCCCAGGCCAGAAAGAAAGAAAUGGAGAUGAGGCAGCUCCAGAGAGGCCCUGCCUGAAACCCACAGUGCCGGCAACCCUUCAGAAAGGCUUUGCUCCUGCUCUCAGAUCAGAUGAAGCAUUCUUUCUAUUUUAUUAUCUGGGACAUAUUUAAAUACAAACAUAUUCAGAACAAUUCAGAAUGGUCUCCGUCUGUUCCAGGGGUAAGCCAUCUCUAGGUCCUCAUGAAAUAAAUUAGCAUCUAUUGAAAGGUGAUGUGGUGGCCAGGUGUGGUGGCUCACAUCUGUAAUCCUAGCACUUUGGGAGGCGGAGGCGGGUGGAUCACCUAAGGUCAAGAGUUCGGAACCAGCCUGGCCAACAUGGUGAAACCCUGUCUCUACUAAAAAUACAAAAAAUUAGCUGGUCAUGGUGGCAUGCACCUGAAUCCCAGCUACUCAGGAGGCUAAGGCAGGAGAAUCACUUGAACCUGGGGGGUGGAGGUUGCAGUGAGCUGAGAUU